AUCAUCUGUCUGUAAGCUUUGAGGUGGCCUCGAUCAUCAACAGUUGGCUCUCAUCCUUGACAACUUCCGGCAAGCUCACCAUUCGCCCAAGCUCGCUCUGUCAUUCGACUAUCGACAGCUUCCCCACGCGUCAGUCUCCCCCUCGGCACGACAUCGUCACGAUGCCAGCUGGUGCCACACGAAAAGCGCGCAGAGCGCAGGAGGGGAAAACAUUACCACCCGGUCACUAUGUGGAUGCUUCCUCUCCGCCGCAAAGCUCGACGCAUGACACAGGAGGGGCGAGCAAGCUAGGAAUCGCGCAAAGCGACUCACAAGUCCUCAUCGAGCCGGAGAGCGGCACCUCGAAUGAGGCGACGCCUGCCGUCAAGCCUCUCAAGAAGAAAGCGAUCAAGGCGAUGUUGGCCAAGGGUGUUACACCGCCAGGCAUGCAUAGCGCUUCGAGUUCGACCGCAAAAGUGGCUGAAGCCGUCGAAUCUGAUUCUAGUGGCCAAGGUGCGGGAAGCAAGGACGGUGGGAAGAGGAAGCGUGGUGAAGAUGGAGCAGAGAAUGAGGAGAACGAUGCGGGAGGCGAAGAUAAAGCAGCCAAAUCUGAAGCGCGGAGGUACAUCGUCUUUGUCGGCAACAUGUCAUUCACAUCGACCGCCUCGUCUCUAGCAUCGCACUUCAAGACGCACUGUCACGAAGAGCCCAAAGUGCGUCUACUCACGACCAAGCACGACACUAGCGCCGCUCUAAAGCUAUCCAAGUCGAAGCAGAAAUCCAUCUCGAAGGGCAAAGCAUUGGAUCCUGGCGCUAGCAAGUCCAAAGGAUGCGCCUUUGUGGAGUUCGAAAGCACCAGCGCUUUACAGAAGGCUUUACAAUUUCAUCACACGCUGUUCGAAGGUCGAUUGAUCAAUGUAGAAUUGACCGCGGGUGGAGGGGGCGCUGGAUCGAAGAGGGAGGAGAAGAUCAAGGCGAAGAAUGAGGCGUUGGAAAAGGAACGGCAAAAACUGCACGAAAAGUACGUCGCGCCGAAAUCAGAAGCGAAAAAAGCUGCGGGAGGAGACUCGACGGUGUCCGAAAGACCGCCCAAACGUGCCAAGCCUGAGGAUGGUUCUACUUCCGGCGAAGGUGCAGCGCAAUGGGGUUCGCGAACAAAGGGCGGUGCAUCGGAGGAGAGACAGAAAAGAGGUGGAAGGAGAGGGAAGAAUGCUCAGGCGAACGCGGGAGGGGAUAAGGGCAAGGGCCCAGGAAAAGGCAAACCUCCGCGGUGGGCUGUUACGGGUGCUAAUGCUCUCAAAUUGCAAGGUUGAUUGGUGUGUACUGUAUUUAUGCUGCGCUAUACGCGCGCGAGUGCUCGGCGGAUCACCUCUGGCUCAGAGCUUACCUGAAUAGAGCAUUGCAUCAAGCCAAGCACCGAAUGCUACGUGCAUCACUCUUGAAGCAGCCAUACUCAAUGCUAGGGUCAGUGCAUCGACGUGCGAAUUUGACAAGGUCUCUAUGCCACGCAUCUAUUGUCGGCUCGGCCAAUCGUAGCAGCUUCACGACACAACGGACAAGAAGAAAGAGGCACCGAUGGGCAUUUUCAAAUCCCUCCCUCACAUCUGUCUCGC